CGCCAUCUUACCCAGAGCGGAAGCGAGCCCGCAGCCGCAGGUCCGAGGAGAAGAAAGAAGACAGAAGAUGGAGGUGACGGGUCCGGACAGCGACUGGAGGAGUCCGCAGUUCAGACAGAAAGUCGUGGCUCAGAUAGAGGAGGCCAUGAGGAAAGCAGGAACUGCUCACACCAAGUCCAGCAACGACAUGGAGAACCACGUUUAUGUCAAAGCCAAAUCCAGAGAGGAGUAUUUGUCUCUGGUGGCGAGGCUGAUCAUACACUUCAGAGACAUCCACAAGAAGACUCUUGGAGUUUCAGAUCCCAUGAACACCCUGACUAACCUGACUGGGGUGGGAGGGGUUCCGGGCACCAUUGGUAUGGGGCCUCGCCCCCCCGGCCCUCCAGGGGGUGGCAUGGGGCCCAUGGGGCCGAUGCAGAUAGGCCAGCAUGCCAUGGCAGGGGUGGCUGGAAACCCACAAUCCAUCGGGGGUCCAGGCCAAAUGCCGAUGCAGCAGAUGGUGCAGACGCAGCAGCAGCAACAGUCCAUCCAGUUCCAGCAGUUCCAGCAGCAGCAGCAGCAGCAGCAGCAGCAGAAUGCCAUGCAGCAGCAGCAGCAGCAGCAGCAAAACGCUGCCAUCCAGCAGCAGUUUCAGGUGCAGCAGCAGCUGAGGGUGCAGCAGCAGCUGCAGCAACAGCAGCAGCAGCAGCAGCAGCAACAGCAGCAGCAGCAGCAGCAGCAACAGCAGCAACAGCACCACCAGAACCAGCAACUCCAACAGCAGCACCAGAAUCAGCAGCAGGCCCAGAAUCAGCAGCAGCAGAACCAGAUGCACCAGACGAGGAUUCAGCAGCAGCAGCAGAUGGUGCAGCUGCAGCUCCAGCAGCAACAUGCUCAGGCUCAAGCUCAGGCUCAGGCUCAGGCUCAAGCUCAAGCUCAAGCUCAGUCCAUUCAGCAAAUGGUUCAUCAGCAGCAGCAGCAGCAGGCUCAGGCCCAGGGGCAGCCGCAGCCAGGUCAGAUACCUCCUCACCCGCAGCAGCAGCAGCAGCAGCAGCAGCAGCAGCAGCAGCCUGGCAUGGGGACUCAGUCUAUGCCCGGACAGAUGACGUCUGCUCAGCACGUUCCAAACAACUCGCUGAGUCAGCAGCAGCAGCAGCAGCACCAGCUCAAGAUCCAGGCCUUCCAGCAGGCGCGUGCAGCCCUGCAGCAGCAGCAGCAGCAGGUCCAGCAGGCGCAGCAGGCGGCGCAGCAAGCCCAGCAGGCCGCAGCGCAGGCGCAGCUCGCCGCUGCUGCAGCCGCUGCAGCCGGCGGCGGCGGUGGACCUGGACAGCUGGUUCGUCCUGGGCUUCCGAUUCCAAACCGGUUACCGAGAGCCGCCCUCAACCCGUCCGUCCCGCCUCCAAACGCUGCAGCCGCCGCCGCCGCAGCAGCCGCAGGAAGUCAGCAGAUGUCACAGGUGCAGCAGCAUUCAGUGAUGUCAUCACCGUCACCUGUUCAGGUCCAGACGCCGCAGUCGAUGCCCCCCCCCCCUCAGCCGUCCCCGCAGCCCCCCUCCUCACAGCCCAACUCAGUCAGCUCUGGGCCCACGCCGUCGCCAGGCGGCUUCCAGCCAAGCCCCUCCCCCCAGCCCUCCCAGAGCCCUGCCAACGCCCGCACCCCCCAGAACUACGGAGUCCCGUCCCCUGGACCCCUCAACACUCCAGGGAACCCCAGCUCAGUGAUGAGUCCUGCCGGCGCCUCGUCCCUGGAGGACCAGCAGUACAUGGAGAAACUCAAGCAGCUGUCCAAGUACAUCGAGCCUCUGCGCCGGAUGAUCAACAAGAUCGACAAGAACGAAGACAGGAAGAAGGACCUGAGCAAGAUGAAGAGUUUACUGAACAUCCUGACGGAUCCAAACACCAGGUGUCCUCUGAGGACGCUCCAGAAAUGUGAAAUCGCUUUAGAGAAGCUGAAGAACGACAUGGCCGUGCCGACCCCCCCCCCGCCGCCCGUGGCCACCAAGCAGCAAUACCUGUGUCAGCCGCUGCUCGACGCCGUCAUGGCCAACAUCCGCUCGCCGGUCUUCAACCACUCGCUGUACAGAACCUUCGCCCCCGCCAUGACCGCCAUCCACGGCCCGCACAUCGUGGGCCCCGGCGUCUGCGUGAGGAAGAGGAAGCACGAGGACGAGGAGCGGGCGACCAUCCCCAACAUCCUGCAGGGCGAGGUGGCGCGGCUGGACGUGAAGUUCCUGGUCAGCUUGGAUCCGUCGUUCUGCAGCAACAACGGCACGGUGCACCUCAUCUGCAAGCUGGAUGAUAAGAACCUGCCCAGCGUGCCCCCCCUGCAGCUCAGCGUGCCGGCGGAUUAUCCCGAGCAGAGUCCGCACUGGGCCGACGACGGCGAGCUGUACGGUGUGAACAGCUUCCUGCAGACGGUGCACAGGAACAUGACGUCCAAGCUGCUGCAGCUCCCGGACAAGCACUCUGUGACGGAGCUGCUCAGCACCUGGGCUCAGAGCGUCCGCCAGGCCUGCCUGUCUGCAGCCUGAGGCCCCGCCCACAGCACCAGGCCCCCGCCCACAGGCCGCCCGGGGUCCAGGGCCCGCAUCAGAACUUCUGGAUCCUCCGGGAAACAGACUGGUUGCGACUCCUCGUGUGUCAUGUGAUCUCCAACACGUGGACGUGUCGGACUGAAGCUUCAGAAUCCAACCGGAUCCACCAAGUGGAGUUUUGUAUCAAAAGUAUUUUUUCUUUUUGCUUUGGUUUUCAAAAUAAAACUAGUUUUGUUGUUUCAUGAAUAAAAAGGUUUCUUUUUUA